AUGGUUUCGCUGAGGUUAGCCUUAUUAAAUGCAGAGCAAGAUUUCUUUAAAUUCAAUGAAAAAUAUUUGCACUAUGUUGGUUUAUGGCCUAAACAAGAAUCCAAACUUCACGCUACUUUAUAUAAAAUAUUUGAAAUAAUCUUACAUAUUUUUGCCAUUAUUUAUGUAGUUAUAACUGGUAUUGGAACAUAUCAGCAUAAAGAUGAUACUAUCCUUCUAAUGUCCAAUUUAGACAAAACGCUCGUGGCAUAUAAUUUCGGAUUGAAGACAGUCUUCUUUAUUCUUAAAAGAAGACAGCUUAAAGAUUUGUUAUCGGAAAUAAAAUAUUCUGGUGACAGAGUUACGGAGGAUCGGAAGAAGUUCAUGUCUUUACACAUAAUUGUAAUAACUAUUCUGUCCACGGCAAUUGUUUCGGCGUUUAGCUUAUUGGCCCAGUAUAAAGGCGAAAUGACGGUCGAGGCUUGGAUGCCCUUCGAUCCCCUAAAGUGUAAAAUGAAUUUGAUGCUGGCAGGUCAAAUAUUGGCUGUAACUUUUAUCCCGUGUAUGUACAGAGCGUUCGCCAUGCAAGGACUCGUUUGCACGAUAAUUAUGUAUUUCUGCGAUCAGUUGGAUGAAUUGCAGAACAGAAUGCGGGGUUUGAAUUUCUCUGUGCGAAAUGAAAAUGUAAUGAGGAUGGAGUUUAAGGAAAUAAUUAAAAAACAUGUACGCUUAAUGAGAUAUUCAAAUACUUUUACGAAUAUUUUCAAAGAAUUCUUUUUAAUACAAAAUCUAGCUGUGACUAUAGAAUUGUGCUUAAACGCAUUGAUGGUGACUGUGGUUGGUUUUGAACAGAAAACACUUUUAGCAAGUUUUGUAGCGUUUUUAUUCGUUGCAUUAUUAAAUGCUUAUAUAUUUUGUUAUUUGGGUGACGAAUUGAUUGCAAAAAGUGAAGGCAUAGCACUCGCGGCUUACGAAUCUGCGUGGACGUCAUGGCCUGUGGACCUUCAAAAAGAUUUGUUAAUUGUAAUCAGAGCCGCACAAAAACCGCUUAAGCUCAGCGCUGGAGGCAUGUCUAUUAUGUGCAUCCAAACUUAUAGUCAGGCACUUUACAACGCCUACUCGAUUUUUGCCGUGCUUAAUGAUGUUGUGGAUUAA